UCUCUCUCUCUCUCUCUCACAUGCGCUGCAUGUAGGGCUAGACCAGUUCAUAUGUGGUGGUGACGGCUGGAGGCAUAGAGGACUAGCGGCUACACCUCUCGCUCUCUGCUUCUCUCUUAUUUCCGUCCUCCUCCUCUGCUUUCCUGCAGAGUCGUGGUGGCGGACGACUCAGCGUGUGCGUCUGCCUGCCCUUUGGCGGAAAGUCACCCACUGGGAAUCUACUGAAUCAAAUUAUUUUCAUCCCUUCGCUGGCGUUCAUAUCUUUGGGACUCUGGGGGGGGAGGAAUUUUUAAAAGGUGAUUUGGUGUCGGGUUUCUCUGGAAGUAGGAGGUAGCGGGCUGACAUGGCACACGCUGCAGCCCACAUUAAGAAGGCCAGGGUGGAGCUGGUGGAGCAGCAGGGACCUGACCUGAAGGCUCUGGAAAAAGCCCGCCAGAGGAGGAUUCGCUCCCGCGAACGGGCAGAGCGCAAACGCAAGUCGGACAGCAACACCAGCUUCUUACGAGCGGCAAGGGCGGGGAACAUCGACAAGGUUCUGGAGUACCUGAAGGGGGGAGUGGACAUAGGCACCUGUAAUCAGAAUGGGCUCAACGCGUUGCACCUGGCAGCUAAGGAGGGCCACGUGGAGCUGGUCCAGGAGCUGCUGGAGAGAGGCUCAGCUGUGGACUCGGCCACAAAGAAAGGGAACACAGCCCUCCACAUUGCCUCUCUGGCCGGACAGGCCGAGGUGGUGAAGAUACUGGUGAAGCGCGGCGCAGAAAUCAACUCUCAGUCUCAGAAUGGCUUCACCCCUCUGUACAUGGCUGCUCAGGAGAACCAUAUGGACGUGGUGCGUUACCUACUGGAGAAUGGAGGUAACCAGAGCACCGCUACAGAGGAUGGCUUCACCCCACUGGCCAUCGCGCUGCAGCAGGGCCACAACCAGGUGGUGUCUGUCCUGCUGGAGAACGACACCAAGGGCAAGGUGCGGCUGCCCGCCCUGCACAUCGCCGCCCGCAAGGACGACACCAAGUCUGCCGCGCUGCUCCUCCAGAACGACCACAACGCCGACGUGCAGUCCAAGAUGAUGGUCAAUAGGACUACGGAGAAUGGAAAGAGUGGAUUCACGCCACUUCAUAUUGCUGCCCACUAUGGAAACGUGAACGUGGCCACACUACUGCUAAAUCGUGGGGCAGCUGUGGACUUUACAGCUAGGAAUGGGAUCACGCCCCUCCACGUGGCCUCUAAGCGUGGCAACGCUAACAUGGUGCGCCUCCUACUGGACAGGGGGUCUCAGAUCGACGCCAAGACUAGAGACGGCCUCACACCUCUACACUGCGCGGCCAGGAGUGGACAUGACCCUGCAGUGGAGCUACUGCUGGAGAGAGGAGCACCCAUGCUGGCCAGGACCAAGAACGGUCUGUCUCCUCUCCACAUGUCAGCUCAAGGCGACCAUGUUGAGUGCGUCAAGCACCUGCUGCAGCACAAGGCGCCUGUUGAUGAUGUCACACUGGACUACCUGACGGCGCUGCACGUCGCCGCCCACUGCGGUCACUACAGAGUCACCAAGCUGCUGCUGGACAAGAGGGCAAACCCCAACGCUAGAGCACUGAAUGGCUUCACCCCGCUGCACAUUGCCUGUAAGAAGAACAGAGUGAAGGUGAUGGAGCUGCUGGUCAAGUAUGGAGCUUUCAUCCAAGCCAUCACAGAGUCUGGCCUGACUCCCAUCCACGUUGCAGCCUUCAUGGGUCACCUCAACAUUGUCCUGCUGCUGCUACAGAACGGCGCCUCGCCGGACGUCUGCAACAUUCGCGGGGAGACGGCCCUACACAUGGCAGCCAGGGCAGGACAGGUGGAGGCGGUUCGCUGCCUGCUGAGGAACGGCGCCCUGGUGGACGCCAGAGCCAGGGAGGACCAGACUCCCCUCCACAUCGCGUCUCGCCUGGGGAAGACUGAGAUAGUUCAGCUGCUACUGCAGCAUAUGGCCCACCCUGACGCCUCCACGACUAACGGAUACACACCCUUACACAUCUCAGCCAGGGAGGGACAGGUGGACGUGGCUUCAGUACUGCUGGAGGCGGGCGCCUCACACUCGCUGGCUACCAAGAAAGGAUUCACUCCGCUGCAUGUGGCGUCCAAGUACGGAAGCCUGGAUGUGACCAAACUUCUCCUGCAGAAAAGAGCCCCUCCCGAUUCUGCUGGGAAGAAUGGCCUCACGCCUCUCCAUGUCGCUGCGCAUUACGAUAACCAGAAGGUGGCGCUCCUGCUUUUGGACAAAGGGGCCUCGCCCCACGCCACGGCCAAGAAUGGCUACACUCCCCUCCACAUUGCGGCGAAGAAGAACCAGAUGGACAUAGCGGUGGUGCUGCUGCAGUACGGGGCCGAGACCAACAUCCUGACCAAGCAGGGGGUCACCCCCCUACACCUGGCCUCACAGGAGGGACACGCUGACAUGGCCGCCCUGCUCAUGGAGAAGGGGACUCAAGUCAACGUCCCCACCAAGAGUGGCCUCACCCCACUCCAUCUGGCUGCCCAGGAGGACAAGGUGGCUGUGGGUGAGAUACUGGCUAAACAUGGAGCCAACCUGGACCAGCAAACUAAGUUGGGUUACACUCCUCUGAUCGUAGCGUGUCACUAUGGCAAUGCCAAGAUGGUCAACUUCCUCUUACAGAAUGGUGCUAGUGUCAAUGCCAAAACCAAGAAUGGAUACACUCCCCUCCACCAAGCAGCACAGCAAGGAAACACACACAUCAUCAAUCUACUGCUGCAGAAUGGAGCUAAGCCCAACAACAUCACUGCGAAUGGUAACACAGCUCUGGCCAUCGCCCGACGACUUGGCUACAUCUCGGUGGUGGACACACUCAAGGUUGUCACCGAGGAGAUCAUUACCUCGACAACCACGGUGACAGAGAAACACAAGUUGAACGUCCCUGAGACUAUGACUGAAGUCCUAGAUGUCUCUGAUGAGGAGGGCAGUGGUUAUGCUAUUGACACAGGAACAUCUCUAUCAGCCUACAGUGACGACACGAUGACAGGGGACGGAGGGGAGUACUUGAGGGCAGAGGACCUGAGGGAACUGGGAGAUGACUCCUUGCCUGGACAGUACAUGGAUGGGAUGAACUACCUGCGCUUCAGUCUGGAGGGGGGACGCUCUGACAGUCGAAUGCAAAGUUUGGACAGGUCCUACACUCCCAGUCACCACGGUUACUACUCUCCAAAACACGAAAGCAUGAUAGAGGAGAUGCUCACCAGCCACAACGUGUCGUCUCUUGCCAGGGAAAAUGAAAAGGACUCGUAUCGUCUGAGCUGGGGCACAGAAAAUCUGGACAAUGUGGCACUGUCCUCCAGCCCCAUCCACUCUGGCCAUUCCUCUCCGUGCCAUGAUCAUGGCGACAGCAGCUUCCUGGUUAGCUUCAUGGUGGAUGCCAGGGGAGGAGCCAUGCGGGGUUGCCGUCACAACGGCCUGCGCAUCAUUAUCCCGCCGCGGAAGUGCAGCGCGCCCACGCGGGUGACCUGCCGCCUGGUGAAGAGGCACCGCCUGGCCACCAUGCCCCCCAUGGUGGAAGGAGAGGGCCUGGCCAGCAGGCUGAUCGAGGUGGGGCCCGUCGGAGCCCAGUUCCUCGGUAAACUGCACCUUCCCACUGCCCCACCCCCUCUUAACGAGGGUGAGAGCCUCGUUAGCCGCAUCCUGCAGCUCGGGCCACCCGGGACAAAAUUCCUUGGGCCUGUAGUCGUGGAGAUCCCUCACUUCGCUGCCCUGAGGGGGAAGGAGAGGGAGCUGGUGAUCAUGAGGAGUGAGACAGGAGAGAGCUGGAAGGAGCACCACUGUGAACACACCGAGGAGGAGCUCAACCAGAUCCUCAACGGCAUGGACGAGGAACUGGACCCUCCAGAGGAGCUGGAGAAGAAGCGUAUCUGCCGCAUCAUCACCAGAGACUUCCCCCAGUACUUUGCGGUGGUGUCCCGGGUCAAACAGGACAGUAACCUGAUCGGUCCAGACGGGGGCAUCCUCAGCAGCACGGUGGUGCCUACGGUCCAGGCAGUCUUCCCAGAGGGAGCCCUCACCAAGAGGAUCAAAGUGGGACUACAGGCUCAGCCAAUGAACGUGGACGUGGUGAAGAAGCUCCUGGGGAACAAGGCUACAUUCAGCCCCAUCGUGACCCUGGAGCCCCGGAGGAGGAAGUUCCAUAAACCCAUAACCAUGACCAUCCCCAUCCCCAAGAGUAACACUGACCCAGUGGUCAACGGCUUCGGAGGGGACCAGCCCACCCUGCGCCUGCUCUGUAGUAUUACAGGUGGAACGACGCCAGCCCAAUGGGAGGACAUUACAGGAACCACGCCCCUAACGUUCAUCAACGACUGUGUCUCCUUCACGACCAAUGUAUCGGCCAGGUUCUGGCUGAUAGACUGUCGGCAGGUGCAGGAGUCAGUAAACUUCUCCAGCUCGGUCUACAGGGAGAUCAUCUGUGUUCCGUACAUGGCCAAGUUCGUCAUCUUCGCCAAGACCCACGACCCCAUUGAAGCGCGGCUCCGCUGCUUCUGUAUGACUGACGACAAGAUGGACAAGACCCUCGAGCAACAGGAGAACUUCACAGAGGUGGCCAGGAGCAGAGACGUAGAGGUCCUGGAGGGUAAACCCAUCUAUGCAGACUGCUUUGGCAAUCUGGUCCCUCUCACCAAGAGUGGCCAGCACCAUCUCUUCAGCUUCUUUGCCUUCAAAGAGAACAGGCUGGCACUCUUCAUCAAGAUCCGAGACAACACUCAGGAUCCGUGUGGCCGUCUGUCCUUUAUGAAAGAACCCAGGUCUUAUAGAAGUCUGGCCCACAACGCCAUAUGCAACCUGAACAUCACACUACCAUCCUACUCAAAGGAAUCUGAUUCAGACCAAGAGGCUGAGGAAGAGAUCAGCAGGAAUCUCGAGAAAUAUGACGAAGACACUACGUCGACGGAGACUACGGUCCGGAAGGGAGAUUUGAUCCGAGAUUCUACGGCUCUGGCCAGUCCGGACCUCCUCUCCGAUGUGUCUGAGAUGAAACAAGACCUGAUCAAAAUGACCGCCAUCCUAACCACGGAUUCUACAGACAAAUCCAGAUCCAUGGAAGGGAGCGGUCUGGAAAAAGGGGCUGAUGAGGUUCAGGGCGAGCCGUUUGAAAUCAUGGAGAAGGUCAAAGAGGAUUUGGAGAAAGUGGGCAAGAUACUUAGGAGCGGAACAUAUGAGGGUGAGGUGGCAAAGGAGGCGGCAAGAGCAGCCAGAAUGAAAGAAGAGUGGGUCCUCCUCUCAGACUGUGAGAUAGAAGAGGCCAAACAUAUGGCUGCCUUGGAACCCCAGGAACCAGUACUACGUGAAGUCAGAGUCAACAGAGGGAUUCCCAGACCUAAAGCAAUCAAAGAUGUGUCUGGGAUGGUCAAACACCUGAGUGGUGAACUCAAAGAAUAUCUCCUGGAUGUACCCGAGGGCACCAGUACAACAGCCCAGGAGAAAGAGGUCCAAGAGAAAUUCACAGAGGUAGUCCUGCGCAAAGGCGCAAAAAGAACCAUGACAACAACAAAAACAACAACAACAACUACAACAACAAAGAAAGACAUCAAAAUUCCUGCUUUUGACCUACAAAAGCCAGUCCGGAGGAAAGGAAAGGACCAGGAACAGGUGGAAAAAUGUACCGAUGGGGAUGUUCUCCUUAGCGUACCCAAAGACCCUAAACCAGUGUCACCUGUGUCCCCAGUAGUAGAGGAGACCCCCAUUGGAUCCAUAAAAGACAAAGUCAAAGCCCUUCAGCAGAAAGUGGAGGCUGAGCGAAAGGGCCAAAAGCCAACUAGCACCAAGCCUUCAAAUGUUGCUGUGGAGAGCAAAAUUCCACAAAAGGCAAAAGAAUCCAUCCCGAAACAAAGCCCCGCAAAACAGGGCACCGCUAAACAGGGUCCACUUAAGUCCCCCAAAACUGAGUCUGAGAAGCUGGAGGAGACCAUGUCAGUAAGGGAGCUCAUGCGAUCCUUCCAAAAGGGGCAGGACCCCUCAAAGAGAAAGUCUGGACUUUUCGAGCUCAAAACCGUCUCUUCUGAGCAUGAAACAACAGAAUCAGAAUCACAGCCCACUCAGUCCAAAUCCACCAUCAAAGCCACAUCAACCUGUUACGAACGGGAAGUGUCACUGGACGCCAUACCUGGCAAGCACCACACAGAGAGAGACAAGCAAAUUAACCCACCCCGAAAGCACUCCAAAGAUUUUGGUGUUGAAAUCAAGGCAGAGCUUGAGGACAACCCAGAGUACCAACAGUUUAGGCCGAUCUCUGUAGAUGGUAGUCCUGCUGCUCAGUCAUACUUAACUGAAACCAUAGAGUUUCCGUUUUCUGCCCUCGAUGAUAGCUCUGAUAGUUUAAAACAUGAGGGCGUGGCAGACUCUCCCAGUGCCAGCCUGGGUGAUUUUAGUCCUCCUCACCUGAGCUCAGAGGAUAGCCUCAAACACCAGGGCUUAGCAACUCCUGGAACAAGCCCUGACAGUCUCUCUCUCUCUCCCAAAAAUGCUGACCAGUCCACUAAAAACUCAACAGCUGUAACUAUAGCUGUCGAAGAUGACAAGAAAAGUAAGGAUAAGUCUGGAGACUCCGGUGUGGGGACCAUUGAUGACCAGCCAUCAAAUGAAAUAACCCUCCCUGUCUCGUCCAGCAAGGCUGCAGACGACCACACCACAAGUGAGUCCAUAACUUUUCAGAUGGUCGAGUCUAAGUCCUCUAAACCGAGAAAGCUUACAAAGAGAGUUUCUGAGACUUUAGAGAGCUUCCUAAGUGAUGACGAGAGCCCUGAUGACAAGCUAGUCUCAGCCUUAGCUGCUACAAUUGCUUCUAGUGCCUGUACCGAGCAUCAAGGAAGCUUAGAAUUGCCUUUAAGACAGCAAGACUCGGAUGCCCUCAGUCCUUUUGCCGACGACUCUUUGACCAUAAGCCACAGAGACUCUCUAGACGAAGGUAGUCCCCUCAUGGAAGACAACUCUUCCCAUAGGACCCCAGACUCUAUCGAGCCCAGCCCAACAAAGGAAUCCCCUUGUCGUGACUCCUUAGAGAGCAGCCCGGUAGAGCAAAAAAACUUCCCUCCCGCUCAGCCCAGUGGGUCCUCUAGCCACCCAGAGCCCUCCAAAGCCACAGACUACCCCCCAGACGUGUUGCGUAGUAGGCUACUCAGGGACCAGGAGGCUAGUGCUAAUGAUGAUGACAGUAUCGAGCAGACAUUGUCUCAGAUGGAAAGCUCUGGUAAGAGUCCUCUCUCCCCCGACACCCCUAGUUCUGAAGAGGUAAGUUAUGAGGUAAACCCUAAAACCCCCGACAACAUGUUCCUAUCUGUGGUGUCCACACCAGCUGUCAUAAACGAAGACUCAGGGGAAGAUGAUGAUGAGUCAGAAGCACAGAGGAAAUUCACUCCAGAGGAGGAGAUGUUUAAAAUGGCAGCCAAAAUAAAAACCUUUGAGGAAAUGGACCAGGAUGCCAGAACCAAAGAGAACUCUCGAAAAUAUAUCAGUGCCUCAGCAGAUGACGAAGCAGGGGACGAUAGCUUCAAAACAGUUGAACUAGAGUCCGCAAAUGAGACUGAGCUCACUGGGGCCAAAGAGACCUCAGAGUUAGCUCUUUCUGCUGAAUCCCUUAUUAAAGUACAACCUCCCUCUCCUUUUUCAGCAGGUGUGCAUGAAGGAGUCCACCACACAGAGGCCAAGAGUGUAGCUACAACGGCAGCAGUGGAGGGAACUCAGUCUGUCUCAGAGCAACAUGUCUCACAAUCAGUUCCUUCGCACAAAGACACGGAUGACAAAGACAGUUUAGCUCAAAUGGCUACCAUGUCUUCGAGCUCUGAGGGGGCUGCAAACAUAACCGACGAGCAGAAGGAGGAAAGCUUGAGGAACUCGAGGGGAAGCAAGGAGGAUGAUGGGGGAGAGAAAGAGGCAGAUACAGGCAGUCUGCAGACAUCUGCUGUAAAGGCUCCCUGCCAGGUAGAGAGUAAUAUAACUGAUGAAGUGAAAGGAGAUUACAGGGGGCACUCAGGAGCCCCUGAGGCAGAAACGUCCUCGACCAUCAUUAUCAGACAAGCAAGGGAAACGUUCAAACCUGAGAUCUGUAUCUAUGACGACACAGAGGAAGACGAUGAGGAAGAGGAACCUCCCAGAACCAAGUCGAAGGGCGUGACUGCCAGCGCGGAGGCAGACCCCUGGAGCGCCAUGCGUGAGGACGACGACGCUUUCGCGGCCCGUGUCAAAGAGGAAGAGCAGAAGAUCCUGGGUCUGAUGGUGGACCGGCAUUCCCAGGGGGAAACCCCAGACACCACCCCAGGAAGGAGCCCCACAGAGGAGAGCACGCCAACCAGCGAGCCCAAUCCUUUCCUCUUCCAAGAGGGGAAGCUCUUCGAGAUGACCCGGAGCGGAGCUAUUGACAUGACCAAACGGACCUAUGAGGACGAGGGCUUUGCCUUCUUCCAGAUAGGAGAGCAGCCUCUAGAGGAGGCGCUGUCUGAACAGGUCAGAGAAGAGCCAGGAGAUAGAGAAGCUACAUUAGAAAGUGAAGUGGGCCUCAACCUGACUCUGGAAAUAAAAGUGGAGGAAGAUGAGAAACAAGCAAAAGAUGCUCCAGAGGACGAUCAGACAGUUAGCGGGGCCGUAGCAACUUUGCCUUCUAAAUCAGACGCCUCUAAAUCUAGAAUCCCUAGAAUGGGUCUUUCCGCCUCAGCUAAGACCACUAAGAAAGACAAAGACUCAGUAUCCCCAGUAUCUCCUGAGGCUUUAGAAGUUAAACCAGAUACAAUUGUAGAGGAGACCCCCCUAGAGGUAGAAAAUAGUUAUUUAGACCCAAUGAUAGCUAAUGUUGAGACAGCAGUAACAACUGUCACUCGAUCGGUGUACCCUGAACAGGAGCAAGAGUCCUCGGACUCCUCUCCCGAGGAGCAGCAUUCGGUUAUAGAACUCCCCAAAACCAUGGAAAAGAUCACAACCCCAACUUCUAGUGAAAAAGUGAAAAAGAUCCCAACUAAAACCCCAGCUACGGCUCCAGCCAAGGCUGGCCCCCAAAGUCGAGCUAACACUUCUUCCUCCUCUACAUCCCCCUAUUCAGCUACUCCUAAAAAAGAAACCCCCUCUACAGAGUCAAAAUCAAGAAUACCUGUCAAAGGCAAGGCUAACCCUGUCAAGCCUGAGCCAUCAGUUAAACAUACUGAGUCUUCCCAGGACACAAAGCUAAAGUUCCCAGUUAAAAAGGACUCGAGGAGAAAGUCUGAGACAGAUGCAGGUCUCUCAGCAGUUACCAAAACCAAGACUUCGUCUUCCAAAGCCAAGAGCUUCUGUGAGGGAGACGAGACAUCUGCUGAAAAGGGCCAGGUUCGUCCCAUGAGCACUGAUUACUCCACCAAGCCAAAGUCAUGCUUCGGCUUCCAAUCCAGGCUGCCAGUUAGAGGCAAGCUUGGUCAGCCAUCACACACUUCCACCCCCGCCAAAAAGAAAAGCGAGCCACGCAAGAAGUCCAUAGAGUUUGUUAAUGAGAUUAGUGACGAAGCGGCAAAGCUGGUUGAGAGAUUGGCUCAGGCCGAGAAAGACAAAGAGCGUGAGGCUGCCACCGCUGCCAUCUCGGAUGACGAGAGCAGUGGCAUAGACCCCUCCGCCAUAGAGAGAGAGUCUUUUCCCGAAAUGCACUUCCCUACUUCCGGAGAUGUCUAUCCCAUUAGACCCCUGUGGGACGACCCUGUUGACACGCAGAUGCAACGAAUUCCCAACGAUACAAUCAGAAGACAAGUAGAUCCCCAGGAUGAAGCCGAGAGGAAAGAGGAACGAUUGGAAAUAAUAGCCGACCACCUGGGCUUCAGUUGGACGGAGCUGGCUCGAGAGCUGGAGUUCAGCGAGGAAAGGAUCAAUCUAAUAAGGAUUGAGAAUCCGAACUCACUACAGGAUCAAAGCCAUGCCCUGCUGAAGCUCUGGACUAACAGGGAUGGCAAACAUGCUACAGAAACUACAUUGAUCAAACGACUCACCAAGAUCAACAGGAUGGACAUUGUUCACCUCAUCGAAACCAAGAUAAUCAAGUCCACCCAGCAGGACACAUCGUCCCACACCUAUGCGGAGAUUGAGAGGACCAUUGCACUGGAUCACAGUGAAGGUUUUUCUGCCCUCCAUGAGGACAUAGACAGUCCCCGGCCAGGCAGGCGUACAGGCGGCACCCCCAGUGGGCCAGGGUCCAGGCAGGGGCCCUUCAUGGUGUCAGAGGAGGACCUCUCCUCCAGCAUGUCAUCACUGCACGAGACGUCAGGGCGGGUGGAGACAGACACAUCAGUAACAGGCCUCCUGAGACACGCCCAGAAGGAGAAGCUACAGAAAGAGGGUGAAACAACACAUUCUGUGGGCGGUACAUCACAGAGUGGAUCAGACAAGGCUGAGUCACUACACAUGGGCACUUUUAAACAAGCGGAUGAUCUGCCAGACAUCCCUCCGCAAACAGUGACAGAGGAACAGUACAUGGAUGAGCAUGGAAACCUGGUAGUCAAGAAGAUCACGCGGAAGGUGAUCCGUAAGUACUUCUCUCCAGACGGCGUGGAGAGAGAGGAGGUGACGGUGGAGGGAUCUCACCAGGAGAUGGUCAGUGUGGAGGAAGGAGACGGCUUCUCCAAGGUAGUGAAGAGGACUGUGGUCCGGAGCGAGGGAGAUCAGACCGAGUUGACCUUCUUGGAGCCCUUGGCCCUGGGGGCCACCACGGCCUCGGACUUCGAGUCAGAGCAGGUGCAGGGCCGAAAGGUCAGCAAGGUGGUCAAGACGACGGUGGUGAGGGGCGAGAGGAUGGAGAAGCAGACGGGUGACUCAACGCUGGCCGCAGACCUCCCCUCGGCCAAGGAGGACUUUGAGAAGGCGUUGAGUUAUGCUGGAGGCUUUGGAAAAAUCCAACUUCCUCAUUUAGUAGAGAAAGAGGUUGUGAAGGACGACGGUUCUGUGGUCAAAAGAACCCAGAUGCGUAAGUCUCGUACCCAGAAGAGGACUGUGGUGAAAGACGCCCAGGGUAAGCAUGUGCUCCUGGAGCGGCUGGACGACACCCCAGAGACCCUGCAACCCGAUGCCCUUCGGCAACACCUGCACCUGCUGCUCCAACGCUAUUGUGCCAAGGAGGAGGAGGAAGGAGAGAAAGAGGAGGAGAAGAGAAAGAAGAAGUGAUGGGCUGAUUUGAUUUGCUGGCUGAGUUGUUCUUCUUCCCUUUUGGCCCUGCCCCCCCAUGCUACAUAAGCCCCCUAUCCACAAAAAGCCUAUGAAGUCUUGUAAGCUCACCCCUGAUCUUUACCUUCCACACAGACAUCUCCCGCUAAAGACACUGGGUUGCGUUUUUGUUUUGUUUUUUUGUUUUUUCCCUUUUGUGGCAAAUAAUGGAACACUUUUUGUUUUUGUUAUUUGUGCUUUCACUUUUUUUUGGGUCGUUUUCCUUUUGACUUUUCCUGUUUUAUUUGGUAAUUCUGUGACCAAAGAUAGUAUCCCCUUUCUCGUCGGGUUACUUAGAAUAAUAUUUGGUCGUUAUCCUUUUUUGGGGGGAGGGGGGGGGGGGGGUUCUUCUAGUUUUUGGGCUGCUGUGGUACAAUAAACAACUACGCAAUCAAAAUGCAACAAAAAGAAAACAAAAAGGGAAAACGAAUAAAGAGGGGGCACCUCUGACAUUCGCCUCAUGCACAGGCAUCUUCCUAAAGGAAGGAUUGUAAACAUUUGUAAAUAAAGGAGAAGAAACAUGCUCGGACUGGGAGAAAACGAAAACGAACAGCAAUUCAAAAGCAUUUAUUACAUCCCCCCCACGGUACAUGCUGUACACGUACGUGCACCAAUCAAAAUCGCUCUUCUGCUCUGAGGUGAAGGGUCAUAACAAAGUUGAUCCUUUUCGCCCCACUAGGAGUCACUUGUCAGAAAGAGUUUUGGAAAGAUACUGUAAAAAUUGAGGAAAUUCCAUAUUCUUUCAUCUGAACCAACAUUUUACUGAAGCAAAUCACCCUCAUAUAACCCUGCACUACAGUUCUGUAGUGCUGCGCGAUUAAACGAAAUGUUGGUUAUUUUUUGUAUUUUAAACAACUAUUUGACGGUCGGUUCAAUUAUUUGAAUUCCAUUUAGUUUGGGUUUUGUCUGAGUUCAGUGUGCACAUUGCGCUGUAAUUUAUCUUGCAAUAAAUCAGAUCAUGCCUGAACUGUGCGAUGUAGUAGGGAGUUGUAGUUUCCAACAGGCCAACCUUCUUUCUAGGUUAGCAACGAAAACGUGAUAAUUAACUACAAUGACCAUAAUCCAUUGCACGGCUACUUGCCCGUUUCUUCACAAGGUAUCUCUACCAGAAAAUACCUGAUGUAAGUGAUUAAUACAGUAGUUGGUAUUCAGCAGUCAUAAAAGUAUGCCUUAUUUACUUUGAAGAACUACUAAAAUAGUGAUUUUGUCAGACAGAGAGAGAGAGAGAUGAUGACUUGGAAUGAAAUAAUAAAGUCAUCAAAUAAAACAAAUGUAAUAUACGCAACAAGUGAAAUAGUUUAUUAAAGCGUCAAUCAGCAGUAGAAACAAUUACAAAGUGUGUCCUCCCCAACCCUGUUUUGGUAAGAAGCUGAGGGAUGGGGCUGGAAAAAUGUAACCUCUCUCAAAUGCAUAGAUAGAAUUAUGGAUUCAAUAACUGACCAUCCAUGAUAAACACAUUUUUUUUCACCAUGUUUUGAGGCUAUAUAGUGCUUGUUUAAAUUGACAUUGUUUACAAACGUUGGAGUAAAACAAGCUUACAUUUUGGGUUCUGACAAGGUACGACAGUUGAACUAAGCUCAUGAGACAUUUAUAAGUUAUUAUUCUUCAAGAAUCAUUGGGUACAUAUCAGUGAUUUAUAAGUCCAAAAAUGAUUAUUGCCCCUUUAAAAGUAAAGUAACCUGAGAAACGGAUGGCUAAUAAGUGAUAAACUGUAAUUGGCAGUCACUACCGUCACGGGACAUUUUUUUAUGGUUUUAUUCUGUGUUGUCGCAGCAUUCAAACCACAUAAUGCAUAGUGCAUUUAAUGUUUCAAAAUGUAAAUUGAUAAUCGAACCGAAACGACCACAGAAUGCAAUAAUCGCUCAGCACUCCAGUUCUGUUUUACAAAGGUAGCUCAAGCUGUUUACGUGUGCGAUGUGUCUGCUUUUUUUGACCGGUCCUUUGACCACACACUUUCAGCCCCCACUCCCAUGUACUGUCAUUGUGUAUCUUUUCCUUCACACUAUAUCUAUCCCUCUCUGUUUCUGGCUUUCUGAUGUGUUCCUUCUGAGCAGUGCAUCAAGACUGCUGCCACCUCUGUGCGUGUGAACACAUGCGAAUGUGUGUUAGUUCAUAGAAUCCUCACUGACAUUGCGACCGGCCAUUUGCGAUCCGGAAUGUUUUUGUUUCUUGUCUUUCGUGUAUGAGCACUUAUCCGAAAUGACUGCACCUAUGGGUCAGAACACUAGGUACGUCUCCCCCCCCAAGCUUCAAUCGUGUUUGACAUCUCACCCCCUGUUCAUUUUACUCCAGUGGUACAUUACUCAUAUGAAUGUCAGUAGCUUUGAUUAAGCCUGUUAAGAUUGUACAAGUGAGGAUGGGGACAGAGAGAAACACCACAGAGACAGUGUGGUGUGGUUGUUUUGUUUUAUUUGCUGUUGAUUUCUUCUGUUGGUAUCAAAUGGUACCAAAUAAAUGGUGAUAAUCUCAAAAGAUUGGCACAUCUUGAUUUUGACAGAUUACUUUUGGUCUGAUCUGUGAUGGUACCGUGGAGAUGGAAUAUCCUUUAUGUAAAAAAAAAAAAAUUGGCUUUGUUUAAUUUUGAUCAGUAGAUAAACCCAAUAGAUAUGCUCUGAAUAUUGCUAGAGCCUUUUCAAAUGCAUUAUCUCACUCAGUGGAGUUUUCCUUAUUUAAUCUUGUCUGAGGGCAGCUAUGUGAUUGGUUGGAAGGCCUGGGGGAAGAGCGUGUGACAGGCGAGCGUCAAGUAAGAAAAGUUAGGGAGGUAAAUCAGCGGAUGGAUAGAUGGACGGACGUUAAACGCGGGUUGCGACACUCAAGGUCCCUGGUUUGAAUCCCCAUGCCUUGUUUUCUAACCUUACAUUCGAAAGUUUCUAACCUUCAUUUCGAAACUAACUUUCCUAUUUUACUUUCUAAUGUUAACUUCACAUUUCUUGCCUGCUAAUGUAUUUUGACUGGUGAGAUUGAGGGUUGGUGCCUUGGUGGCAGAGGAUGUAAAAGCCUAAACUUACUUCCCUCAGAAAAAGAUCCACUGUAAAAUACAGUGAUGUACAGAAAUGCAAUAUCAAUAUGAAUUUGGCUCCCCACAGACUGAACAGUUUUCUGGAGAUUACAUCUUUGUGUAUUUUCAUUUUGAUUCAGACUUUGAUUUCUAUAUUUAUUUAUUGACUUCCAUCCGUGCUCUUCCUCUCCUCGACUUUGCGGAGCCGUGAGUGUUUUAUGCGUGCGUUGGUGUGAGUGCGAUUUGAAGAUGCGAGUUGAGAUGAAACAAGGGAAUUGCAACUCUUUGACCUAUAAAUUGCCGGUGUACACAAGGCUUCACUUAAAUUCUGAAAUGGUCUGGAAACCAUGACUGAAACAAAUACAGAAACCUACAGAAACCAAAACAGAACCGACAUGGAUGUACUGUAGUCCUGGGCUGGCUGAAAUCAUUGUUGGUGUCAUUUGCAGUACGAACUAUAUCUAUGUAACAAUAUUACGGUUCCUCACUUUGUCAAUUUACUUUUUGUGAGAAAAAGUGAGAAAUAAAUUAAACAAAAGAAAUCUGUCAAACGUACCUUUGAUUAGAUGAAUCCGCAUCUUGUUUCCAUGGUGAUACUAUUAUACAUAUAUAUAAAUAUCUAUGAGGGCAUGUAUUAGUUAUGAAAUGAAUAAACAGGAAGAAAAAAACAGAAUUGCUAACAUGGCAUAGCAGCUACAGUCUGUACGUGGCAGAAAAUAAAAUUGUACAUGUGUCAAAUGUG